AUGUUCUCGUCAAAUCCUCUAUCCGGCGAACCGGCGACUACUAGAAGGAGACAUAGGCCAACCUCGCGGCCAUCCUCGCGAAACCAACAUCGCCAGGAACGAUCCGGGAGUAACGCGUCGAUGAGCCGAAACCUUAGGGAAAGUUCGGUUAUAUCGCAGCGGGGGGCCUCCGGCAGCUUUGUGGAGAGGGAAUUAUCCUCAUUGGGGAAAGUAAUGACUAUUGCGAGCGCUCGCGGAGAUGGGAAGAAUACGGACGGAUGUGCUGUGGAUUGGGUGAGAAUGCCCAUCUAUUGAGACAAGCCUGUUCGCUGACACUCUUUGCUCAAGACUAAAAAUAAUAAAUUCCGGGUAUCAAAACUGCCCGCUCUACCGCCCCCUCUUAAGACGGGUUUGUCAAAUGUCCUAUCACUCCCCAGCAUUCCAAAAAAGGUUGACGUUGAGAAAUAGCGAACCCCGCUCCCAUUACCGCCGCCACGGAAGGAUCAAACGGAUAUGCCCUCGUUCUCUCACACACCGCCGCUUAUGUCUGGCAAUACACCUCAUCCGAUACUAUUCCACACACAUUCUCAUUCCCGCUACCCAAUGACGAACAAGGGGCCAAUUCUCCAUUUCCGCUCGGCGCCUUGGUCUCUCCUUCAGCGAAUAGUGACGAACCGGGUUUGGUUGUAGUAAUGCCAUUGAGCGGAAGAACUGCUUAUUGGGAUUCGGUUGGCUCGGCUGUUGCCGAAGGAUUGUUCUCCAAAAGACGAGGAGUGGAAGGCAAAGUGCCUUUGCUAUCUGGAGAGAGCGUUACCGCUGUCUGCAAUGCCGAGCCAGCAGGGUUCAUACUAUCUCUGAGCUCAGGAAGGCUAGCGCAUCUAGCAUUGAGAGAUCCGGCCGGGAGGCCCGGGAUCACAGUGACAAUUAUGAGGGGCUACGGCACUGGAAUGAUGGGUGGGUUUUUAGGGGCAUUGAGAGCCGGCUCUAGCCGACGGGAUAUCGUUGCUGUUCGUGCCGGACGAAUUCUGAGAAUGGGGGAGAGGGAGAUAAUAGUUGCCACAGCUAGAGGCAACUUCUCUAGAUGGCUAGCAAAUCGCUCCGGAACCUAUGCAAACGUCGCCGACGUCGACAUACGGGACAAUAUUCUUUCAGCUAUCGAGCAGGUGGCUCCAGAAGAGAUGCAGCUGCGAAGCAGGGACGCUUUUGUGAUCGUUGAUGCUGCUGUUGGGGAAACCCACGAGACUGUCGAGGGUGACAAUUGCGACGUCGACGUGCUUGUGUUGGCGUCUUUCAUGCCAAUUCCUAACAGUCCUGGUGCUCUGCACGUAUUAGUUUCCCUCAAAUUCCGGUCAGGCGGGAGGCUUGAUGUUUGCGAUAUCCAUAUCGUCAGAUGCUACACAACUCCAUUAGAAGAAGGGAAAACCAGACCCAGGCUUUAUCUUCCAAAACCGGGUAAAACUGCCUUCUUGGUCUUUUCGAGAGCUGUCGUUCUCGUCUCGACACAGAAACCAGAUGUUGAUGAUAACGAGAUGACCGAGGAUGUGGAGGAUCAAGGGGUUUUUGAGGACGUGGUUGACUUUCGGGGGGAGUUGAACGUAGAGAUAGUGGGCAGUGGUCCCGAGGACGUCAUGUUUGAUUCCGUGCCUCGGUCAGACAUGAUGGGAUCCUUUACUUCUGAUACAGGCACACCCGGAGGAGGGAAGAAAAUUAGGAACCCCGGUGUCAUGCUUGUAGCCAAAGGUGCCGGUAUUGUCCGGCUCGAAGCCUUUGAUCUCGAAGCGGUCAAGAAGAGGGUCCCAAUAGAGCCUAUCCAGGUGAAGAGUAAGAUUGAGCAAGCAGUCUUUUACGGUGUUAAAGAAGAUGUAUGCGGACACCAUGAAUCCCGAGAAGUAACUACUAACGAAUCCGCAGAACCCAUUGAACUUCCAAGGACGAAAAGAGAUCAGGUACCGAAUUGAAGAGAUAGAAGAGGCAGCGCUAGAGAUCAGUCAAGAGAUCUUGUCCUCAACCUCGGAAUAUCUCCCGGCAGUCCUUCCAUCACUUGACACACAUCUUUCCCUCCGCACAGCUCAUCUCCGGGCGCUCGCUGAGCACCUCCGGGCUACCUUCCCUCCACUUUCCAAGAAAACAAUGUGGCGUCUCCUGACCGAUGCAGAGAAAUGCCACGCCGCUCGUGCAGUCUGGAACGUGCGGGAAACCCACCUCCGUCACAGGCAAGAGGGCGAGGAAGGGGCCCUUGAGGUUAUCAUCCCUGAGCUGUUGGUCUCGGAUGACGACAUCGGCGGGGGCGACCCCAUCAGAACCUGGUUCCUGCGAUACGUAGGAUCUAUUGAAGAUCUGAUCCCCAAGGCCAAGCACGCAAUGGUAGAGAAAACAAGCAAGGGUCGAUAUGAAAAAGUAACAAUGGCCAAAAUGGAUGCUGAGGCCAAUGAUAUUGUCCUCGCAGCGUUGAUGAAGGCAUGGGACUUCCGGAUCCGCUCCGUCAAGUUAUACAGGCUUGACAAGCACGGUGCUGAUUCGAACGGGAUAAUGAAUAAAACCAGUGGCUUGCUGCCUCCAUGGACCAGCGGGACAGACAUCCUACAAGCCCUAAGUGUCCACCACGAAGUCAGCGUCGCCAUGAUCAAAACACUCUGGGGACCAAGGCUAUCCUCAGACCUGGAAGGCAAAGAGGUCAUCGAACGAGUCGCCGAGCAGCUCGUUGGAUUAGCAGAAGUCUGCUGUCGCGGCUUCGAAGAGCGCUCCUUAUGGUGUGAGCAGCAAAGCGAAGAGGGUGAGGGCACCCUACAAGAAGGCAUAACCAUAAAAGAACGCUACGUAGCGCAGCGCGGUGGGUGGAUAAAGCCCCUCGCGGAACUAGGUAUGCCGGAGAAAGCCUACGAGCUCGCGGAGAAAUGGCAAGACUACCGAACCCUCGUAGAGCUCUGUUCGGAGGAGGUCAUCCGCAUCGAGGCGAACCAGAAGGACCUCAAUAACGCCACUUCCAAUCGCGAAGCCAUGGAAAGGGAAACCGCCGAACUAGCGCGCACUAAGAAGCAGACCAUCGAGCGGAUGGAAGCCUACUUUGACAGAUUUGGCGAAGUCUACGCGAUAGAGAUGUACGAGUACCUCGUCGAGAACGGCCAACUACAGAAGCUCCUCAAUGGCUUCGAGAACUGGCGAGGAACGUACCUGACCAGAUUCGUACGGUCCAGCAGGAGAUAUGCAAAGCUCUCUUGGAUCCACGAUGUGGGACUCGGCGAGCACGCCCGCGCGGCAGACACCCUUUUAGAAAUAGCGACGGAGCAAGAGGAAGACCAAUGGAACAAGAAGGUCGAGCUAUCAAUCGGAAAACUAGCCAAAAUCGCGGCAACGGGGUAUUUGGACGAACAAAGUGUACGCAGCAUAGACUCCGAAUUGGAAUUGGUGGAUAUACAAAACCGUGUCUACGAAGCCGUCAAAGUCAUCAGGAAGACCUCCAUCGACACCGACGGUGCCGUGCAGAUCGGCUUAGAGAAGUACGCGGGCGGCGUACUAACCAGCAAGAAGCGCGCCGGCUGCCGUGAGCUCUGGAAACGCGCCUUUGCGUGGGCCGUGGAGGGGAAGGUGAUGGGCGUGGAGGAACUCGCGGACCUGCUCACGCUGGCGGACAGCGACGAGGAGGGGACAUCGUUACUGCUCGGAGCGGAAAGGGGCGAGGAAUUCUAUUGGGCUUUAAGAGCUCUCAGUCUCGGUGGCCUCCCACUGGAGCGCAGGAAAUUCACGGAAAAGACUAUCUGGAGGAGAUGUUUUCUCCGCGAUAAGUAUACCUACCCACCUUCCACUGGCUAUCAUUAUCAUCCCCACAAGGCAGCUAACAAAUAACGUCCACGAAUAAAGUUGGCAAGCAAUCCUCGACACCCGCAACAAAAGCGACAAGCACAUGCAAGCCGCCACUUACGACACAGCAGUCUACAAGACCAUCAAGCUCGGCUACGAGCACGGGCUCUUCGCCCAGUACUCGCCUUACCAGCCGCUCGCGCCCGAGGAGGCCUUCUUCUCCGACUCGUCGGAGGAGCUACGCACACGCUUCGCCCGCGCUGACGAGUCCGAGCUGAGCACUCUUGGCCACGACCUCUCCCAAGAGAACAAACUCCUCUCCAGGUUCGUAGAGAAGGCACAGCUGCGUGUUUGGUUUCCUGGCGUGCUGGAUGCGGCGAGGCGCGAGGCUUACGGCGGGCAUGUGGGAGGGGAGGAUGGGGAGGUCAUGAUGGAGGAGUGAGUCGGUUAGUUGAUUGGUGAGUCGGGUUCGUGCCGUACCGUACCCAGAUGGGACCUUGCGGCGGAGGGAUUGGGAGGUGGGGAGUUGGAAAGUGUAUAAUAUCACCAUGUCACGUUUAUUAUUUGCUUAAAAAAACCCAUUUUUUUUCCCUUCCCACCCCAUGCCAUGAUGUUUGUUGAGAAAGUUUUCAGUAUUAUCACACCCUUUUUCUUUUUUUUUUCUUUUUUUUACUUUCAUUUUUUUCUUCCUACUUCCCCUCACUCCGCCUUCCACUUUACUCCAUCUCAUGUCCCCCUAACAGUAAUCACAACAACCCUCACGACAGAAAAGAAAAAAAAUGAAUAAAAACAAAAAUAAAUCAAUAAACCAAAUCCAAAUUUGAAGAAAAGAGAGAAGGAAAAAAGCCCUCCAAAACUCGAAUUCGACCACCCAAGCACAGCAAGUUCAUACCUUCCAAGUGUCACACCACACCACACCACACCACCUCCCAUCGUCUGCCAGCAUAGUACCGUACAGUACACUGCACAACACAAGAAUCAGUACCAAAGCCUACACCCACCAGUCGACCAUAGCCUACGAUACGGGUAGUCAAGUGAUAGAUAAAGCUGCGCAUGCUAGUGUCGGCGGGUGGGGGUGGUGAACAGACCGAUCUGUUCGAGUGCAUCCAUGGAGGGAGGAGUAAUAGAUACCUACCUUACAGUAAAGUGUAGUACAUACCUCCUUCCUGUAUGGUAUCGAGGAUAUAAUUGUGAAUAUUUGGUUCCGAAUUCCGGAGUUUUUCGGAGGGGGGGGGAUAAAUUCUUGAUAUUUGACAUGAUAUAUUAUUAUGCCGUGGGUGGACUGGAUUGUCGUUUGUGGUCACUUCAACUGUGCUCGGGCACAGUAUCCGUGUUCACGGGAGGGGAGAGAGGGAGAGAGACUAAAAUUAAAACUCAGAGUUGGCCAUUACAAGCUGGAACUUUCCCAUUUGUUUCCAAGAGGUGCUGUAUGCACGAGUGCAUUGGGCGGUGGGGUCCUUGGGGGUAUAGUGCUGUACUAUGCUCGUACAGUGCU